CUGUCAAUGCCGGAAAAUUUUGCUUUUAAUUCUGUAAAUUUUGUUAUUUGGGCUCUUGUUUAAAUUCUGAUUAGGUGUAAUAUUUAAAAUGUCUGAUAACGAUGACGAUUAUAUGUGUGAUGAGGAAGAAGACUAUGGCUUGGAAUAUUCAGAAGACAGUAAUUCAGAACCAGAUGUGGACCUCGAAAACCAGUACUACAAUAGCAAAGCACUGAAAGAAGAUGUACCACAAGCGGCAUUACUCAGUUUCCAGAAGGUUUUAGAGCUAGAAGGUGGAGAUAAAGGGGAAUGGGGAUUCAAAGCUCUCAAACAAAUGAUCAAAAUUAAUUUUAAGCUAAGUAACUUUACAGAAAUGAUGGCGAGGUAUAAACAACUCUUAACAUACAUUAAAAGUGCCGUCACUAGGAAUCAUUCGGAAAAAUCUAUCAAUUCAAUUUUAGAUUACAUCUCUACAUCUAGGAAUAUGGAAUUAUUACAAGACUUUUAUGAAACAACAUUAGAAGCAUUGAAAGAUGCAAAGAAUGAUAGGCUCUGGUUUAAGACCAACACUAAACUUGGGAAAUUGUAUUAUGACAGAGGAGAUUUCAACAAGCUAGCAAAAAUAUUGAAACAACUACAUCAGAGUUGUCAGACUGAUGAAGGUGAAGAUGAUCUCAAGAAAGGAACGCAACUACUAGAAAUAUAUGCUCUUGAGAUACAAAUGUAUACUGCACAAAAGAACAAUAAGAAAUUAAAAGCAUUAUACGAACAGUCCCUACACAUAAAAUCUGCAAUACCACAUCCACUCAUCAUGGGUGUCAUCAGAGAAUGCGGCGGCAAAAUGCACCUUCGUGAGGGAGAAUUUGAGAAAGCGCACACAGACUUCUUCGAGGCGUUCAAGAACUAUGACGAGUCCGGGAGCCCGAGGCGGACCACGUGUCUGAAAUAUUUAGUUUUAGCUAAUAUGUUGAUGAAAUCCGGCAUAAACCCAUUCGAUUCCCAAGAAGCGAAGCCGUACAAGAACGAUCCCGAGAUCCUCGCCAUGACCAACCUGGUGAUGGCCUACCAGAACAACGACAUUAAUGAAUUCGAAUCCAUACUCAAACAUAAUAGGAAUAACAUAAUGGACGAUCCGUUUAUCCGGGAACACAUAGAGGACCUGCUGAGGAACAUCAGAACUCAGGUGCUGAUCAAACUGAUCGGGCCUUACACCAGGAUCCACAUACCGUUCAUAUCCAAGGAGCUUAAUAUUGAUGAGAAGGAAGUUGAGAAUUUACUUGUCACAUGUAUUCUGGAUAACACCAUCAGCGGGCGCAUCGACCAGGUGAACUCAGUGCUGGAGCUGGCGUCGGGGCGGCGCGGCGCGGCGCGGUACGGCGCGCUCGACAAGUGGACGGCGCAGCUCGCGGCGCUGCACCAGGCGCUCGCCAACAAGAUGGCCUAGCAACGCCACGCCGACACCCUCUCUCUUACAAACAAUGCUUCCCAAACUUAGCGGACCAGAACUCAUUAUGUACUGGAAAACAAAUUUGAGGAACUAAGUCUAUUCGAAAUCUGCGGGAAUGAGGUCUGCGACUUUGAAAACUUUGGGAUUCAAUGAUUUUAAUGGGCCUAAGGGCUUAAAAAAUGUUAACCACUGUUACCAAUCUUUGGCCCUGAUGUCGAUUAUUAAUUAAUCAUAUUAAACAAUUUCUAUCGUGUGUGUUGCUUUUGUAUUAUUUUUUUUUUCAUUUUUUAUAUAUUUCAAAAGUAGUGGUAACUGAAAUAAUUCAGCGGUCUUAGAGCCAACGCUAUGGAGAUUGAUUGAUAUGAUUAAUUAAUAUUUCUUAGUCGUGCGAGUUUGUGUUACGGCCCCCCCUUUUUUUAAUAAAUAUAUGGCAUGGAUAACUCGAAGCAAAAAUGAACGGUAAUAUAAUGAAAUAAAGUGCCCUUGACUAUCCAUGGUUUAGUCGGAUUUGACUCGGUGCAGACUAGCUUAAGCUUCGAGCCGUAUUCAUUGCGCGGUGGCCGGGAAAGAUAACCGGUAAUGUAAUAAAAAUUGAAUACUGUCAAUGGUCUUCUGUUCCCCGCCACUGCGCCUGAGAAUUUGUACAUCAGAAUGUAAUUUUUAUAAAUAUCGAUGUAUUUCUUUCUACAA